AUGCGGCAAGAAUACAACGUGAGCAAGUCCCUGGCGUCGUACAUCCUGCUGGCGGUGGGCGGGCCUGAGGUGGUGAGCAGCACCCUCAAGACGGACACACGCAUGGUCAGGGUGUUCCAGGACGAGCUGACGACCUUCCUGCAGGAGCGGAACCUCACCCUCAGCCAGAUGAUCACCCUGCUCUCCCCCACAUGCGAGGACGUGGUGGCAGGCUGCUACAACGACGUGGAAACCUUGCCAGGUGGCAGGAAGCUGUGUUGUGAGAAGAUGUUUCGCCCCAGCAUCACCACCCUGGGCCAGUGCUUCUCUACCCUGGGCGUGACGGGGAACACCUCCUACUACAAACAGACCACCGCGGGGCUCAUUGGUGGCACUCGCAUCAUUUUUUCUAUCAACCUGGACGAGUAUAUGGAGUACGACCCUAACGUUGUGUCGACGACCUCUGUGAACGAAGUCGGCAUCCACGUCUCCUUGUCCCAUUUCGACGUGACGCCCACAGUGGCCUCCAACAUGCACGCUGUUCGCAUUGCGCCUGACACAUCCGCCAACAUCGCCCUCUCCAUCACCAGGAUAGACCACCAGGAGCGCUACAUCAGGGACUGGCCUUGGAGCAGCCAGUACUCAGAGUGUGUGAUGGAGCACGAGUACCAGGACCUGACGGAGGCGAGGCAGAUGAACACAGAAAACAACUUUUACUUCGCCUUAAUGUAUCGUCACUGCCUUCUGCUGCAUGCUAACUGCUCUGCUAUCCCCAUGAGGCUGACGGACGACCAGACGGCCGAGUGCAUGCCAGACCAGGUUAUCCACCACCUCUUCAUCCACAACGAGGUGAAGGCGUGUGUCCUCGAGAACCUUCACCAGUAUGAGAACGCCACCAAUCGGCUUUGCUACACCACCUCCCUCACCAGGCAACUCAGCUACACAGACCUCAAGAAAGAUAGUCUGCUGGAGUUUCGUCAAUCGCCUAAGUAAGUAAGGUUUGCAUACUCGUGGUCAGAAGUCAUGUGGUUUUUUAUAUUCAUUUUAAUUUUCCUUCUUUUUUUUUUGUCGUUUUCUUUCAGUGUUGUGUUUUCAGUUUAAUUUUCCAUGGUCAUUUUCUUUUUUUCUUUUUUUUUUUAUCAGUCUUUCGUCUUCAACAUUUCUUUUCACACUCACUUCUGAUGUUUUUUUUUUCCUUUUUUUUUUUUUUUUCAUCAGUCUUACCUAUUCAAUCUAAUUUUUCACACUCACUUCUAAUGUUUUUUUUCCUUUCUUUCUUGACUUUUUUCCCACCAGUCUUAUGUCCUCAGUCUAACUUUCCUCACUCACUUUUAUUAUUUCUCCUUUAUCUUUGCCUUUUUUUAUCAUCAGUCUAACUUCCAACACUUACUUCUUUAGUUUCUCUUUUAUCUUGCUUUAUUUUUCACCAAUCUUACGUCCUCGCCCAAACCAUCCACACUCGCUUUAUUUGAAAUACGCAGGAUCAUUGUAUUAUCACUAAACUAUAUGUUCUCUUACUUCUAUUUCCUUGUUCAUUUCCUCGUGCUGACAACCUCCAUACAAAACCAGACACGUGACAGGAUGACGUGCUCUGAAAUACUUUAAUCUUUCAUCAGGACAAA